AUGCAUCGUCUCCAUUGUCAUGUCCAGAAUUACCAGUGGGGCAAGAAGGGUGCCUCUUCUGAGGUUGGCCUUCUCUAUGCCGCCGGUCACAAGAAGUUCAUGCUCGAUGAACAGAAGCCUUAUGCCGAGGUAGGAUAUUGUUUCGUAUAUUGAAAGCUGACAAAAAAUAAAUUUAUAUCAAGUACGAAGCACAGAAAUUUAUUUGCAGCUAUGGAUGGGGACACAUCCUGAUGGUCCGGCCCGAAUUCAAGGCUCCGAUGUGAGGUUAAGUGAGCACAGAGCACUCGAAGAGAACAAUGAAGGAGAUGAUCAUCUGCCUUUUAUCAUGAAAAUCAUGGCCAUUGAACAUACUCUUUCUCUACAAGUACAUCCCACUAAAGAACAAGCAACUCAGUUACAUGACAACGAUCCCUUCCAUUACCCUGACAGAAAUCAUAAACCUGAACUGGCCUAUGCGCUCAACAGAUUCGAACUUCUUUGUGGAUUCAGACCAGCCAAAGAGAUCUUGAUUAAUAUGGAAGGUAAGGGUUUACCGAUAAAACUAAGACGAUCACAUCAAAUAUAUUCCCAUUAUACAUCUAUCUUUUCAGCUUUUCCGGAGAUCAAAACGCUUAUGGGAAUAGAGAAUUGCCAACGAUUCAAGACUCUGGUAAAAGCUGGCUUCAGAGAUGACAGUAACGAGCUGAAACAAGCCCUAAAGGCAUGCUUCACUAAGAUGAUUUACAUUAAAAAUCAUGCUGAUGUUAUUGUAAAAUGUCUGGAAAUCCUCAAAAAUGAUCUGGAUGAUGGAGUGAGAGGAUGUUUAAUCGAAGAAACCGUCGAAAUUAUGAAAGAUACCAUGCAGAGGUUCCCCGGAGAUGUUGGAUGUUUCGCUCCUCUGUAUUUGAAUCACAUGAUUUUAGAGCCAGGACAAUGCUGCUACUACGCGGCCGAGGAAUUGCAUGCAUACCUUAGUGGAGGUAAGCAGUCUUUUUGCAACUAUCUCAAAAUUCCUACAUCGCCUGAUUAAUAUUUUUUAGAGUGCGUGGAAUGUGUGGGUUGCUCAAAUAAUACGAUAAGAGCUGGUCUUACCAAUAAAUUUGUGGACAAGAAGAGUCUAAUCGAAGUUCUCAACUACAGAAUGACUGCUCCCGAAUACUAUUUGGUGCCUCCAAAAAGUCUGACCAGAAAUGUGGCCGAAUAUGCCCCCGAGAACUGUGCUGACUUUACUUUGCAUGAGAUCAAAAUCAACGACGAACUGGCUUCCUCAUCCACAGAGGCCGUCCUCCCAACCUUAGAAUGCGCGAGUAUCAUCGUCUUUGUAUCCGGAGAUGUGGAAGUCGUAGAAAACGGAGAAAGAAUACACCAAGUGACACGAGGGGACAUCUAUUACAUCCCAAAAGACACAAAUGUUAUGCUGACUCGGAAAGGAGAUAAAGCUGUUCUGGCCUACAGGACACUAAGUUACGAAGACGGACCUGAUCACUCAACUCGAAUCAACACGAAGGAACUCAGCCAAUCCGAUAUUCUUAAACUCAGAAUGCAAAGCGAACUCAGAGAGAGUGUGGGAUUAAAUAACAACCAAUUGGAAGAUGUCUCGGUGCCGAUGGAAGUGAGAGCUGCCUCGAUGAACCUACUCACGGACGUUUCUGGGGAGAUGGAUGGAUUUCUGUAG